AUGGAUGAACCAGAGAUCUCUGGGAAAAGAAGUAACGAAUCGAGCCUCAGAAUCGAGGAUUUUCCAAGGAGGCCAAAUAAAAAGGCCGAAGAGUCGGAUAUUCCAGUCGAACUUCUGGAAAAUAACCUCACGCGCUUAAGCCUGGUAGACAACGUCUGGGCAUCCGGCGUCUGCCACAGAUGGAUGGCUGUGGCAAAGUCUUUCCGAGUAUCCAACAAGCACCCUUGGAUCAUGUACCACUCCUGGAUGUAUAAAACAAACGAGUUAUACGACCCGCUUGAGCGCAAGUCGCAUUACCUACGGCUGUCCGGGAUAAAGUACAGACUCGUCUGUUACUGCAACGACAGUUGGCUGUUGCUCUACAGCCAUGUACGCCUUUCGCUUACAUUCUACAGCCCGUACACUCAGAAGGCCGUUGAAUUGCCGCAAAUGGAUUUUCCGAGUAAAUUAGCCGCCUUUUCAACCGCGCCGAACACUCCCGGCUGCAUUGUGACUGCACUAAUGCAGCUUCAGCCUCAUGUGAUCGCAAUCAGCACAUAUCACCCCGGGGAUGCCGCAUGGACUGUCAACCAUUUCGAGAACCCGGAACUGUUCAUCAGCAGCAAUCCGAAUCAAUGGACUUUUUGCAACGGGCACUUCUACUGUCUUAGCCAAAGCGGCCAAUUGGCAUGUUACGAUACCGAUAAUAGUGCCUGGUCAGUCGUCCCUGUCGAACGACCCGAGUGCAUAAGGGUGAACCUGCUUGACAUAGGCGAGCGGGCGAUGCACAUGGCAGAGCAUGCCGGGGAUAUUUAUUUGAUAUACGCUUAA